CCUUCACAAACCACCACCCACACAGCCACACAGUGACGAGUGCCGCGAAACACCGCACCCCGGACGCACCCAAGAUGGAUGAUCUGCUACAGGCCGGCCACGUGGUAAAGGAAAGAUGGAAGGUGCUGAAAAAGAUCGGCGGCGGUGGGUUCGGCGAAAUUUACGAGGGCCAAGAUUUGAUCACACGGGAGCAGGUCGCACUGAAGGUCGAGUCCGCCCGGCAACCGAAACAGGUACUCAAGAUGGAGGUGGCCGUGCUGAAGAAGCUGCAAGGCAAGGAACACAUCUGCCGGUUCAUCGGGUGCGGACGUAACGAUCGAUUCAAUUACGUGGUGAUGCAGCUGCAGGGGAAAAAUUUGGCCGAGCUGCGGCGCUCGCAGGCACGCGGUGCCUUCUCACUCAGCACAACGCUGCGCAUUGGCCUCCAAAUACUGAAAUCGAUCGAAUCCAUCCAUUCGGUCGGCUUCCUUCAUCGUGAUAUCAAACCAAGUAACUUUGCCAUAGGAAGACUACCGCUCACUAGUCGUAGAAUCUACAUGCUGGACUUCGGCUUAGCUAGGCAGUACACUACCGGUACGGGUGAGGUGCGAUGUCCCCGAGCUGCGGCAGGAUUCCGCGGAACCGUAAGGUACGCUUCGUUAAACGCGCACAAAAACCGUGAAAUGGGCCGCCAGGACGAUCUGUGGUCGUUGUUCUAUAUGCUUGUUGAGUUUGUUACCGGCCAGCUUCCAUGGCGUAAAAUUAAGGAUAAAGAGCAAGUUGGAAUGUUGAAAGAGAAAUAUGAUCAUCGUUUGCUACUCAAGCACUUGCCUUCGGAUUUCAAAUACUUCUUAGAGCAUAUUCAAUCCCUUAAUUACGCCGAUAAGCCGGAUUAUGCAAUGCUGAUCUCUCUGUUCGAACGAUGCAUGAAGCGUCGCGGCGUGAAGGAAACGGACCCGUUCGACUGGGAAAACAACGCCGACUACAAUGCCGGCGAAGCCAAAGCUAUCAACGCAGCCGUACCAAAGAGUGAACUAAUCAAAAAACAUAAGGAUAUCGAAAUGACCGAGGAGAAACGUAAACCAAUCAUGGAUUCGGCGAAAGUGCUCCACACGGAACCGAUCGAAUCGAUGAAGCCGCAGAACGUGGUGAAUGCGGGCGGUGGCGUUGGGGCGACAGCGGCAACCGCGGCCGCCAAAGCCGCCCUAAACCAUGCGGACCAGCACGAGCCGAACGAGGCGAAGAUACAGCAGGAAACCAAAACGGACGCGGCGCUUCCAGCGAUUGAGAUGGUGGUCGUAAAGGGUCUAAUAAGUUUUCCUAUUCACCAGAACGAGAUACCGCUGGUCCGGGCGCACACGGAAGUGAUGACCAAGCCGGCCAAACAUGGCAGCAACCGGUUGCGAAUACUGACGGCGCCACCGGUCAACAUCAAAGAUUUCUCCUCCUCGCUCGACAAGCAGCAACAGUCGCAGCAGCAUCACUCGUCGCAGCAACAGCAGCAGCAGCAAUCGCACCACCAUCACCAUCCGCUGCACGCCUCGAGCGACGCUAACAAUCUGUCGAUGGAGCUGAAGUCGAAGCUGCUAAAGACCGAAGCGGACGACCUAUCGUACGUACCCGGGGACGGUAUAUUGCGCGAUCUCGUCCAACACUGUCAGUCCGGUACGGGCGCGCAAAAGCAUCACGACCAGCACGGACAGUCCGCUUCACUGCAGCGACAAAGCCUCACGCUCGGUGGCAAAAGUCUCCGAUCGUACGGCAGCUCGACGACGGCGACCAGCAACAACAACAAGUACGGCGGUGGUCGAAACGACGACAAGAGCUGCCGGGACUACUCGAUCACGCAGCACGCGAUCAUCGACGACGACAAUGCUAGCCAGCACCAGACGCCCAAGUACCAGGGUGCGCUCACGUUGGCCUCGCAGUGGAAGAGCCAGUUCGACGAUUCGGACGAUUCGACCGACGGCCUCUGGAAGGGCGAACAACAUUCCGAAAAUGCAUCGAAGAAAAACUACACUAACCUCAACAAGAGCAGCAUCGCCGCCGCCGCCGCCGCCGCCGCGACCACCCAGAAGGAGUCGGCGCUUCCGCCCCAGCCGCCACCGCCACCACUGUCCCAGCCGCCCCAACCCCUGAACGGAACCGGUGUGGGGGUCGUUGGGGGUGGGGUUGGUGGUACGCAGCAGCUUACUAUCACCAGCGCCACCAACACCACUACCAGUGCAGUGGCCCGAAACGGGCACCAUGGGGUUGGUGAGCAUGGUGAGAAUAAUAAUGGGAUCUCCCAGCCGAUGCCGCCACAACCGCCGCCACCGCCGUCCGACUGUGAUGAGAUCGCCGUACCGCCGAACGACUACACGGCGAACGGUGGCAAGCUGGCCGCCCUAGUCGGUCCACCCACCACCAUCCAUCCCGAACCGGAACCGGUGCUGGAUGCGGUCAGCCUUCUACCGUGCAUCCAUACGGUGGGUAUGAAUGCGGACGGGAAGGAGAUGGCGAACGAUGCGGCGGAGGAGGGCGUGGAGGACGAAGAGGAGAGGGAGGAGGAGGAGGAGAAGGAGAAGGAUGCGAUAUCACCGGAAGUGGUACGCGUAGAACAACCGGUGGAAGCAGCGAAGGAGGAAGAGGAAGAAGAGGAGGAAGAGGAAGAAGAGGAGGAGGAAGAGGAAGAGGAGGAGGAGCAAGUGGCGGAGAAGGGGGGGUAUGGGUUAAGUGGCGCAAACGGUGCACCGAUGAUUGUCAGCGUCGGCAGUCUGGUGGGAGGCUUCGAGGCGGUGGCGGCGGCCGCAGCGGCAGCAGCCGUUACCGCCACACCCGUUACCGCCGGCGGGAACGCGGAACUAUCUAGUAAUCUUAAAUCUUAA